CCCCCGCAGCCUCUCGCCCCCGCCAUGGCUCUGUGCUCCGUUCUGAGGCCGCCGCGCUGCCGCCUCCGCCCGCCGCCGCUCGUCCUGCGCUGCCCGGUGACAACAACCACAGCGACACCGUGGGCACGGAAGGAAAAGGCCAGGGUGAGCUGCAGCCCGCCAGAGCCUUCCUGGGAGGAGAGGUUGGCAAAUGCAGUGACACCACUGUGGAGACUUCCCUACCAAGAGCAGCUACAGGUGAAGUAUGAAAGCCAGAGGAAGACUUUGCAGACACUGGCAUCUCGUCUUGAGGAGCUGGGCAUCAAUGCACAGAAACCUGGUGGGCUCUGCUGUCCUCUGCAGCCCGUGGUCCCUUCGCCCAUCAUUAAUGGCUACCGAAACAAAUCAACUUUCUCUGUGAACCGAGGACCAGAUGGGAACCCCAAAACUGUGGGGUUGUAUGUGGGAACUGGCAGAGAAAGGAAUAUUGUCUGUGUGAAAGCCAACCAUGUGGAGAACAUACCCUCAAAACAUAAACAAGUAGCCCAGUGCUAUGAGGAGUUCAUCUGUCACUCCCCCCUGGACCCCUGCAUCCUCUUCCACGAAGGUGGGCACUGGAGAGAGCUCGUGGUCCGUACCAGCCGCUGUGGCCACACCAUGGCCAUCAUCACCUUCCACCCCCAGCAGCUGGGCCAGGAGGCGCUGGCUGCUCAGAAAGCAUUGCUGAAGGAGUUCUUCACAAGUGGGCCUGGAGCAGUCUGUGCCUUGACUUCACUUUAUUUCCAAGAGAGCACCAUGACACGCUGCUCCCACGAGCAGUCCCCGUACCAGCUCCUGCACGGGGCACCGCACAUCUCCGAGGAGCUGCUCGGCCUCAGGUUCCGCAUCUCCCCGGACGCCUUCUUCCAGGUCAACACGGCUGGGGCAGAGCUUCUGUACCAGGCAGUCGGGGAGCUCUGCCAGGCUGCUGGGGACACUGUGCUCCUUGACAUCUGCUGUGGAACAGGCACAAUUGGUCUCUCUCUGGCUCACCGAGUGUCCAAGGUUAUUGGUGUCGAGGUGGUGGAAAAGGCAGUAGAGGAUGCUGAGUGGAAUGCAGCAUUCAAUGGGAUCUCAAACUGUGAGUUUCACAGUGGAAAGGCAGAGGCUGUGUUACCACAGCUCCUGGCAUCGUGGGAGGAUGCCCGACCGCUUGUUGCUGUGGUGAACCCUUCUCGGGCUGGCCUACGUGAGAGAAAAUGCUAUUUGUUUUCAUCUUGUAAACAGAGAGCUUUGAACAAGUUCUGUGGGACCUGUUAUACUGGCUCCAAACCCUUCCCUUGUUUAGUCUCUUGUUUCUUGUUACUGACAGCAGCUAAAUUCUCUGUCUGCUGUUUUCAGUGCCUUCAUGCUUCCUCUUUAGCUCUAAUCCUUUUUCCAUCUUUCACAGGCUCACACAAUUAUUUAAGAGAGAAGGGACCUCUGGAGGUUUGUGGUGUAAUCUCCCAACUAUAGCAAGGCCAACUUCAGAGUUGGAUGAGGUUGCAUAGGGAUGUAAAGUCUAGCUGAGGGUUGAAUUUCUCCAAGGGUGUAUCCCCUCUCCUGAAAAUAUUUUCCCUAAUAUAUUUAAUCAGGGUUUUCCCUUGCUGCCAUACAUCUAUUGCUUCUCAUGCCCCUUUGAGAAGAUUCUCAGUUAUCUGUAGUGCCCCAUGAGGUUCCUGAAGGUAGUAAAUGUAUCCUUGCUUACCUUCUUUUCCCCAGGCUGAACAACCCAGCCCUCAGUCUGUCUCAGUGGUCUCCCCUGGAGUGUGUACUGGGAAGUCACACACUGUCCUGGUGCCCAGAUGCACUCUCACAAGUGUGUGUGGAAGGGUUUAUAUGCCUUUGCUUAAUUAACACUUUUUCUUUCAUGGGAAGCAGAGGGACUACUCCCAUUGCUCUGCCCUGCCUGCCAACCUGGCUGAGCUGUCAGCAGUGUGGGUCACACCCGUGGCCUCCUGAGAGACUUCAUCUGAGACAGAACAUGGCAGAAUAAGCAUCUGUAUUUUUGACAGUUCUGUGGUGCUGUGCAGUCAUUCCUGCUGCAGAGCUCAGGGGGUGGAGGGAAAGCAGGCUGUUUGUGUUUGCAGACUACAGGGUCGUUCGAGCCAUCCGGAACUGCAGCGCCAUCCGCAGGCUGCUCUACAUCUCCUGCAAGCCAGAGGGGGAAGC